AUGUUAUUCCGCUCAAUAUUUAUUAUUGCUAUUCUUAUUAAUCUUUUUUAUGUUGUAUUUGUUCAAUCUGAACAAGGAAAUCCUAUUUCUUUAAAUCAUUUACAAGCAAAAUUUCCUUUAAUUAAUGAUGAAGAAGCAUCACAAUGGCUUUCAACACGUAACAUUCCACGUCGUUGGCGUCAUCAAAAUAUUAAUCAACCAUCGAACGAAAUUAAUCAAUCAUUGAAAAAAUUAGAAGCACUCAAUAACAAUGGUAUACGUCAAUUUGAUACACUAGGAUUCGAAGGUGUUUCUAUGGAGGUUAUAUUCGAAAUGGUUUCUAAACAAAAUAAUGCUGCAUCCGGUUAA